CGCUCAGUUGUGUUCUGUGCCACCGAAACACGCUGUUUUUUUUUUAUUUCUUUCCCCUCUGCCAGCUUGAACGGACAUGUCACGAAAACCCAAAGAUGAAUACUACCGUUUCUUUGCCGUCACCGACCCACGCACGCACGAGAAGGGAUACACCGAGUACAAAGUGACAGCAAGGUUUGUGUCCAAGCGUCAUCCGGAAGACGUGAAGGAGGUGGUCGCGUGGAGGAGGUUCUCCGAGCUGAAGAAGCUCCACGGGGAGUUGGCCUACACUCACAGGAACCUGUUCCGAAGACAGGAGGAGUUUCCGUCUUUUCCCCGUGCACAGCUGUUUGGCAGGUUCGAUGAGGCCGUGAUUGAAGAGAGGAGGAAUGCCACCGAGGCCAUGUUUCUGUUUACUACCACCAUACCUGCACUCUACAACAGUCCACAGCUCAAGGACUUCUUCAGAGGUGGCGAAGUCACAAGGCCUCUGGAGGCCACUCCUCUGUCCUCUGCCGGGCCUCUGCCUCCCCCUCUCAUCCCCCUCCCAAAGCGGAGGGACUCGGACUGUGAACCAGCAGAGGAGGAGGAGGAGGGAAGGGAGGCUCCCACCUUACCCCAGGACCUGGGCAUCAACCUGGGCUUAGAAGUGGGAGAACCGGAGGUGGCGGCCGAGGCUUACAGCGAGACGGGAGGCUCUCCGAGAGAAGAGCCAGAAGAAGAGGAGAUUAGCGACACAGAGCUGGAUGACAGAGUUCCAUCUCCUGACCAAUGCCCAGCCAGCAACCACCAAUCACGGGAGUCCCAGGAAGAAUUUGAUUUGCUGUUUGACUCAAUGGCAGAAGAGAAAGUCUCAUCCCCAAAAGAGGAAGGUCCACCUCCUCUGACUGAUAAUGACUUGGCUGUCUUUGAUCCCUGCUAUAAGCAAGAUAAAUCCAAUUCCUCCAGCGACCACUCCGAGUUGUUCUCACUGCCGCCGACCAGUCUGGACGGAGUGGACGUGGGUUACUUAAACCAGGCGGCCACUGAGCUAACGGCUGCCAUGGCGAGGGAGAAGGAGGGAGAGUUCAGUUCUGCCAUUCGUGGCUACAGGACGGCGGUGGACAUCCUGAUCACCGGCGUGCAGGGAGACCAAGAUCCGAUGCGCAGGGAAUCCGUGAUGAGGAGGACGGCCCAGUAUUUGAAGCACACGGAGAUGCUGGUCGACAUGCACUCCUCACCCACACACACUCACACGCCUACGCACACACAGGACCCGUAGACGCACAUGUUUAUAUGCAUUGUUCACACAGACAGCUCAAAGACAAAGAAGCUCAGGGUUGUGACACACACACACACACUCCUACUUUAGCGGCCUUUGCGUAGUGCAACUGUAAACUUUAAUGGAUCCUUCAUCUUUUUCUCUUGUUUGAUUCUUACCCUCCUUUUGAUAAUGUUUUCUUGUUAAAUACCAUUUGCACUUUGCACAAACAAUGUUCUGAUUAAUAAAUGAGAUUUUAAUUUAAA